GAUAAGUUAACAAAAAACACCUCGUUAUCUCAAAGUGGGCGUUUAACAUAUCAAAUUCGCUGAUGCCAUUUUUACAACUAAAUAGCAGUUUGCCACCAAACAUGGCAACCUACAGAUAUAUUUGUAUAUUAGCCAUUAUUAUUAAGUUCAGUUAUUGCCAAGAUUGUGCUUUAGAGUCCUUAUGGCCAUCAGAAGUUCCGGUGGAAAUGAGGCUGAAAACUAAAAUACUUAAUUGUUACGAUUUCUUAGAAUCACCAAACAGUAACACCACAAAGAGUGUAGAAGUAGAUGUGGCUUACAUCAUACAGAUGCUGAAAUUUGACGAUCAAGAAGAAGUACUUACUAUUUACAGUUGGACAAUCAUGGAAUGGGAGGAUGCUAGAUUGAAGUGGGAGUUGGACGAAUAUAAAGGUAUCAAGACUACGGUUUUAAACUUUUAUGAAAUCUGGACACCAGAAUUAAAGGUCAAAAACAACGAGAUUGAAGAUUCCGAAACGUACAUAACUAUUUAUGAAUGUUUAGGGAACAAUACGGGGCAUGUCAGAUGUGUACAGUCUAUUAUACAUAAUCUUAUGUGCAGUUCUGCAAUGAAAGAUUGGCCGUACGACAGAAAACACUGCACUUUAAAGAUAGAUGAUGCCUCCUGGAACUCCUGGUCACAGAGCGAAGCAAGCAUUGUGUUCACACAAUUUAAAUUCUUAUCAUUUGAGGACACGUAUACUGCCUGGCGACUGAUCCAUUCGCAGGAACAUCUGAAUUUAACUGGAGAUUAUCAAGCGUCUGUAGAAUUUGUUUUGGAAAGAGUGGCAGUAGGCAUCGAAGCUGCCAUAGUGGUGCCAGCUUUUGUGAUGUCCGUGCUGACUAUAAUAGCGUUCUUCUUGGAUGUCAACGCCAACGUGCGGUUAGGUAUUUUAUGUGGCAGUUUAUUCAGCCAUUAUCUAUUUUUGACUGAAGUCAACAAAAGCAUACCGAAGCAUAGUGUAGAUGCUCCUAACAUUUUACUGUUUAUUACUGGUUCUAUGUCAUUAACGUUGAUGAUCAUAUUAUUAACAUUGACCUUGAGGUAUUUAUGCUCACGUAAAUCUUCUGCGCCUGAUUUAAUUAUUUCAAUUAAUUCUUUUGUUCUUAAUGGAUAUGGUAUGGUGAAGUAUUUGUUUUUCCCAAGGUGUAGCGUUACUGUUGCCAGCAAAUCUGUCUUGGACUCAAUAUGUCAACAAACCGAAUGGUUUGAUUUCUCUAACAUUAUUAACAACAUUGUCUUCAUAGUUUCUGUGAUUACUUACAUCAUUAUGUAUUCCAUUUACUUGCCUCAUGAGAGUUACAUACCGCCAAUUAAUUAA